GGUGUGGCCAGUACCCUAGGCAUCGUCGACGAAGCAAGAUCCAAACAUGUUCCUCUUCUACGCAGUGAGCCUUGGGAUGAUCGUUCUGCUGGCUCAGCCCGGCCAUUCCACGACAAUCCACAGUAACUCCUUUGAUGCUAUCAAGGGAUGCCUCCAGUUCGACGAAGUUCCCGGUUACAACGAAACGCAGACGUACUUCGUUGUGGACAAGCUCCGUAACGUCGGUCGCACGCACAACUCGCGCUACAUCCGGAUGGGUGUUGUCGGCAAGAGCGAUGGACAUAUCCGCUUCGGACGAUCGCCCUACCCGUACGACGAAACCGUGAUCGAGAUUGUGCUUGCCGGCUGGUGGAACACGCAAAGUGUGUUCCGGCGACAGACUCGUCGGCGGGACCACUCGUUCGACAACGUGGUGCUGAAGGAAGCCAGCACGCCGCAGCUUUUGUCCCGCUCGGAGCCACUGGUGUUCCAGCUGGAGGUGUUCGACAACGGGCGGAUCCAGCUGACGAGGGAUGGAGAACGGCGUCCGUUUUUGGAGUAUGCCGAUAAUAGGGAAACGAUUCCUAUGGAUUAUAUUGCGUUCACCAGGUGGGAGGUGGAUAUGAUUUACUUUUACGACUGCCCGUUGUCAAACGACGCUGUAAAUCCCAUCGACGACACAGUUCUUUUGCGGUGUAGCUUAGCUUAAGAUGAUUAUUUUCCAUCAGACGUAAGGAUACGAUAAAAACGUCCGAGUUUAGAGGUGGUAGGCUUCAGUAGAUAAAAAAUAAAAUAAAUACCAAAAUAAACAUUGA